AUGGACCCAAACGAUCCUAUCAAGACCGCAACUCCGAUGCUCGACGCGAUCAUCGAGUGGGGGAAGGACAACCACAUCAAAGACAGAAUAUGGCGGGCGCAUCAGCAACGUGGCGGGUGGGAAGGUUGGGUACAAGUCGAGCUCGCCAUCUACCUCGGAGAAUUUUUCAAGAAUACCUUAUUCCCUGGCCGUGAGAUCAAGGUCACCCGUGAGGAAUACACCUAUGGCGAGACUCAGCAGAGAUCGGAUAUCCUCUUCACAACUAUCCGAGAGAACGGCACCGUCUUCUACAACGCCAUCGAGCUGAAAUGCGAGACACUGAAUACCGGGAAGGCAGGGUUCAGACUCGAAGUCAAGAACGACUGCACGAAGGUAGACAACGCGAAGCCCAAGGAAUCUUUCGCCCCUUGCGCAGCCUGGGUCCUUGCAUUCAGCACCACUCCGGACGCGAAUCUGUCUGACCUGAAGGUUGGCCAGCGAAAUCUGGAGCGGUAUAAGAACACGAUACCAAUCGCGCAUGGUUUGGAAAUCACAUUAUGGUGGGGAACCAGAGACGUGAAGGAGUCCGAGAUGGAAGAUAAUUGA